CGGAUCCGGAAUACGCUCCAUACAGCUGUGGUUGUCAGCAGCCCCAGCAGAGCCAGCCGAGAGCCAGUUUGGAAACAGUUUUUUUUCAACCGUCAGCACGAAAGCACGCAUAGCGCUUGUCGCUGCCCUGACUGUGGAUUUCAAUCAAGCCCGUCUCCACCGCGGGUUCUCAGGCGUUCGUGUGCAUCGCUUCUGUUUGUCUAGUUUGCGUUUUGGCACCGCUAGCCCCAGAGCAAAAAAACAAGACACUAAGCGCAAUUAAAUGCAAAUGUGAGAAAGUGUAGCGCCCAUUUAACCAAAAGCAUAAUUCACGGUUUGGCCAAAAAGUGCGAACACCAAAAAGUUUCAAAGCAUUACGAGUGGGAGAAACAGAAAAUUGUUAAGUGCCAGUGCGUGAUUGUUCGACUCAGCCAUUGCGAAUAAAUAUUAAUACCAGCAGGGAGAGAUAAAAAGAUCGCAGCCACUAACCUCACAUCGAGUACAUAUUUAAAUUAUAAAAAACGUAAAUUACUUAAAAAUACAUUAAAAAUGUACAACGAGCUCCAGCUGCAUCUGUAGAGGAGAGCAGGAGAAAAGGAUAAGAAUCCUCCCGUUACCACCGUUACCAUCGUAGCCAAGGACAAUUUCCAGGAAGAAGCACUAGCAACAAGAAACAGUCACAAGGAUAAGAAGAACACAGCCCACCAUGAGGCGACCGAAAGCAGCUUGCCAGAUGAUGGUGCCUCUCCUGGCGGUCCUCCUGCAGAUGGUCCAGUGGCCAGCGGGAGUAGCGGCCUUUGGCAGGGACGAGUGCAAUGAGAUGAGCAUCAACAUGGCCUGCCAGUGCUCGCCCGUCAUGUCAGAAUUCGAAAUCAUCUGCCCGGCAUAUGCGGAGAAUCCAAAGUUCCGGAUGAGCAUCCAGCCAAGCAGGAGCUUCGUCCAGAUCGUAUGCAAUCUCACGGAUACCUCAGACUACAAACAACUGCCAAAAGUGCGGAUCGGGGAGAUGGACAUUGUGCAGAUGCAGCGAUGCCUGUUGCCGGGUUACACGCCCAUAGCCGGGAUCCUAGAAAACCUAGGCAUGCCGACGCCGCAGAUGCUCAUCUUCGAGAGCGACAACCUGGGCAUGAACGUAACCAGGACACACUUUGAGCGACUGCAUGGUUUGAAGCGUCUGAGGUUCACAUCCCGUCGUCCUACGCAUAUUCCCGCCAAUUUGCUCAACGAUUUGCGAAACUUGAGCGCCUUGGAGCUUAGAGCCAAUAUUGCUGAAAUGCCGGCGCAUUUGUUUGACAACCUGGAGAACCUAGAGUCCAUUGAGUUUGGCAGCAACCAGCUUAAACACCUGCCACGCGGAAUUUUCAGCAAGAUGCCAAAACUGAAGCACCUGAAUCUGUGGAGCAACCAACUGCACAACCUCACUAAGUACGACUUCGAGGGUGCGACUUCGGUGCUGGACAUAGAUUUGCACGCCAAUGGCAUUGAAGUUCUGCCCCACGAUGUAUUCUUCUUUAUGCCCAACCUCAGGGAAAUCAACCUGAGCGCCAAUCUCUUCCGGUCCCUGCCCGAGGGUCUCUUCGAGCACAACACUCACCUCCAACAAGUGCGAAUCUCCAACAAUCGCGCCAAACUCACAACACUCCCCUCGCGGCUCUUUGCCAAUCUGCCGGAAUUGAAGGUGCUGUUCCUAAAAACCGAUCUAGAGUCCCUGCCAGGCGAUCUUCUGGAGGGAUCAACGGGCAUCACCAACAUCUCCCUAGCAUCCAAUCGUCUAACCACUCUGCCCGCGAAGCUCCUCGAAUACCAGUCUAACCUUUUGAGUCUGGAUCUCAGUCACAACCAGCUGACCCAUCUGCCAGAUGGAAUUUUCGAGCACAACAAGGAGCUUAAAGAUUUGAAUCUGGAGUCUAAUUACCUAACGGGCAUUAGCAGCAAACUAUUCAGCCGACUAAUCAGUUUGGAAACUUUGAUUAUGCGCAACAAUCGCCUGAACAUCAUUGAUCACAGUGCUUUCACUGCCACUACAUGGCUGCGACACCUCUACUUGGAGCAUAACAACAUCGAUUUGCAGCAGUCCCUACUGACCAACCAUGUGAACGAUCCAAAUUCACCAUUUUCCAGUUUGUUGAACCUAGAGACCCUUAAUCUGAGCCACAACUCCAUCAUGGUAAUCUACUAUGACUGGAAGAUUUUGAUGACAAAACUCCACACCUUGGAUCUGAGCUACAAUAACAUCAGCUCUUUGAACUUCGAGGACAUCCAAUUCAUCUCGAGAAACAAGCUGGAAGUUAACCUGACCCACAACAAGAUACGAUCCAUCCACCUGGAAAAGGAUCUGCCCGGGUACAGUACUGAUUCCAGCAUUGUGAACAUUGAUCUAAAUGAUAAUCCAUUGGACUGCGACUGUACGAUGCUGUACUUUGUCCAGUUGGUCAGAGGAGUCCAUAGGCCAUCAUACUCCAAGUAUUUCAAGUUUCAGACAGAUCGCCUUGUCUGUAGCAAACCCAGUGCCCUAGAAGGCACUUCAGUGAAAAGGAUCAUGGCGGAGAAGCUCCUAUGUCCUUUCGAUUCUCCCGAAACCGAUAUGGAUAAGCGUAUGUGUCCCCAAGGAUGCUCUUGCUGGGUGCGAACCUUCGACAAAGCUUUAUUGGUUAACUGCAACAAUGGAAACAUGACUCGGGUACCAAGGCUGCCUAAACGGCCACAGAAUCUUGUACGGAUGGAGCUGCAUAUGGAGAACAAUACGCUCUUGAAUCUGCCUUCUGGCGAAAUGAAUCCUGGCUAUAGUGAGGUAACCAGUCUCCACGUCGCUGGAAAUAAUCUUACCGAAAUCACCACAAACCAACUGCCAAGCCGACUGGAUCUCCUGGACUUGCGAAGAAAUCACCUGCAAUUAUUGAACGCUACCUUGUUGGGCUUCCUCAACCAUACCAUGCUUCGAGGUUCAAUGAAACUGUCCGGCAAUCCUUGGAAAUGCGACUGUGAUGCAAAACAAUUACUGCUCUUCACCCAGGACAAUUUUGAUCGAAUCGAGGACCGCGGUGAGAUGAUGUGCAUGAAUGCCGAGCACCCAACCCGAAUGGUGGAACUCUCCACCGAUGAUAUUUGCCCGGCUGAUCAAGGUGUGUUUAUUGCCCUGGCCAUGGUGAUUGCGACCGCGGGUCUUCUGGUCGGAUUCACUGCUGCCUUGUACUACAAAUACCAAACGGAGAUCAAGAUCUGGUUGUACGCGCACAAUAUGCUUCUGUGGUUCGUCACUGAGGAAGAGCUCGACAAGGACAAAAAGUUCGACGCCUUCAUCUCGUACUCCCACAAGGAUCAGAGCUUCAUCGAACAGUUGGUGCAGCAGCUGGAGGGAGGUCCUCAAAAGUUCCAGCUCUGUGUGCACGAACGCGACUGGCUUGUGGGUGGCUUCAUACCAGAGAACAUUAUGCGAUCCGUGUCGGAUUCACGGCGGACCAUCAUCGUGCUCAGCCAGAACUUCAUUGAGUCGGAGUGGGCUCGCAUGGAGUUCCGUGCCGCUCACAGAUCGGCUCUUAACGAGGGCCGUUCUCGAAUCAUUAUUAUCGUCUACUCGGACAUUGGAGAUGUAGAAAAUCUGGACGAGGAACUGAAGGCCUACCUGAAGAUGAACACCUACCUGAAGUGGGGCGAUCCAUGGUUCUGGGAUAGACUGCGAUUUGCCCUUCCCCACCGCAAGCCGAUCGGAAAUAUGGGCAACGGGGCACUGAUCAAGUCGCCGCUGAAGGGUUCCACCGACGACAAACUGGAGCUGAUCAAGCCAUCGCCAGUGACUCCGCCUCUGACCACGCCGCCGGCGGAGGCCACAAAGAAUCCGUUGGUGGCGCAACUAAACGGUAGCACCCCCCAUACGGCCAUCAUGAUUGCGAACGGCAAGAACGGCCUGACGAACCUCUACACACCUAAUGGCAAGUCUCACGGAAACGGUCAUAUCAACGGCGCCUUCAUCAUCAACACGAACGCCAAGCAGAGCGACGUAUAGGACUGGGAGAAGGCGGAGCUGUUCCAGUUCGAUCCGGAUGAUGAACUAUUGUUCCGUUGAUGGCGGAGCCGCCACCACUGCCACAAGCCCAAAGUCACUUGCGCGGCGGAGGAAGCACAACCAGCUGAAUGUAUAAAGUCUAGAGAAUAUUAUUGAUUUCCUUGUGUGUUUGGCCAAGUUAGAGUCUCCCUUCUAGGUUUAUCAAAAUUUCAAUUUCAAUACUUCAUGUGGCCUUUGUUAACCAGAAAUUCGAUAACUUAGUUGGAGGUUAAAACAGUGAAAGAAAAACUAAAGAAGAGGUAGUUCUACCCCAUCACUCUGUUAAGUGUUAAUUGUAAGCUUGACUCUUAAGACACAUAAAUCUCAUUUAAUUAGCAAUUAUUUGUACAUUAGGAUAGUUAUAAGAUGCCGCAGACAAAACUGAGAAUAGCUCAAGGAUAGAGUGAACAUUUUUUAUUUCAAUUUUUUAUAUUUCGACGGAAUCUCAAAUGGAACGAGAAUCUACGAGUAACUUUGAACAAAUCGAGCUUUAUUUGGAACUAACUAUUUAUUAUUUGUUAGACGCAACCUACAACUAAGUAAUCCACUUGCAAUACACACAAAUGACGUAUCCAAAUAGUAGAUUAGAGUCUCUCAGAACAAACCCUUAACAAAAGCAAAAGCCUAAAAGCUAAAUAUAAAUUGCCUUCUUUGUAUGUAUGUAUGUAUGCUAGAUAUUUAGGGCCUAUGUAAGUUGUACCAUUCACAUUCGAUUACAACACUCUGUACAUAAGCUGAACCACAAUAUCCGUACUUUUUUGUCAAAUCGUAACGCACCAGGCCAACCAGAUUUCCUACUCACCAACUAUCACGAAUAUCGAUUGUAAUCCCACGCCCAUUUAAACGACGCUAUAUAAAUAAGUACAUACCCAGCGAAGACCCAUUAUCACGUCAUCUAACAAACAAUUUAGCUAGCGCCUCUUCACUCAUAUGAAACCAGAAUAUCGUCUACGAUACGUAAAUGUAAUUAAGCUACAAUAUGUGUAUGUAUAUCGUCUAAGCUAUAGAUUGUCUCUGAUAUGUAAUGCCUAAGGUACCUACAAAUUUAUGCGACACCCACACACUCAUCUACUCCGUUCGCGAGUGAGUAGAGAUUUAAAUCUAAUUGUAUAUGAAAAACACCUAAACAUAAAUAAAAUAUAUUUUAAAAAUUAA